UGCUUUGAAAAGAGAGGUGGGCUCCCAUGCCUGGAACAAGGGCAAAGAAAACACUACAAAGAGAAGUCCAGAGCUUGUGAAGGCCUUGCUCCCUGAAUUAUAAGUGACAUGCUGGCAAAGCUGAACAACUGAUCACCAGAUACUGGCAUAGUAUUAAACAUGGCUUCUGAGGCUGCUCAGAAUUUCCUUCAGCCACUGUCUUCUUGGAUGUCUCAAAUAUAUGAAGCUCUCCAACAAGCAGGAGACUCUAUAUCUGCUUCACUGCUGAAUUUGAGUGGAGUGGGUCGUAAGUCAGAAGAAGAGAGGAAGCAGGACUUGGAGAAUAAUGGAGGAGUUUAUGAGGAUUAUUCUGAGGAAUCAGAGGAUGAACAAGACCUGGACCUCUGGGAUGAGGAAUAUUUAUAUCCUAGAGAAGAUGGUUACAUUGAUCUUGCUUCGCAAAACCUCCCUCAUGGCUCUGACUUGGGUCCACAGAGGCAAAAACGGGUCAAAAAUACCAGCACCUUGCCAGAGCACUGUGUUGAAAACACCAGGUCUUUGACAGCCAAUGGAUCCUACUGGACCAGUGAAGAUCUCCAGCCACUUGAUCGGCUUCCUCCCAUUGCUGAGGAAGAAGGUGAGCCCUCUAUGAGGAUGGGAGGUCAUGAGCACAACCUCAGCUUGGGUGGCUCCUUAAAAAGUAAUAAUGACAAGGCAAGUUUUGCAGAUCUGGAUGGACUAAGCCAACUGAGUUACCAAGACAACCUAUCCUAUCGUGGAGAUGACCAUGUUUCUGUUGAUUCAAGAACAACAACUGGGAAUAGGGGCACUGGGCAGCAUAAAGGGCCCAGGAUGGAGCCCAGCAUCGGGGAUGGCGUUAGCCGGGCAGCCACGGAAGGACACUUGGAAAUGGAGACAGCACCUGCCAACCAGGGAUUGGAAGUAAAUGAUGCUACUGACAGCUCAUCGGCUUGGAGCCCUGAGGAACAUAAUGAAGUGAACAGUGUACCAGCUCAUCAUGGCACUCAUGAGCCCAUCUGCAAAUGUGGUGAUCUAGAUGUCAUCUUCAACUAUAAACCCUCGAGUCAAAAGCUGGUGGUUACUAUCUUGGAGGCCAGGGAUAUCCCAGACAAAGACCGCAGCGGUGUGAACACCUGGCAAGUGCACACAGUUCUGAUGCCAGGCAAGAAACAGAGGGGUAAAACGAGCGUUCAGAGAGGACCCAUCCCCGUCUUCAAGGAUAAAAUUGCCUUCGGUAAGCUGGAACCACAGGAGUUAAGCAGCCACGCCGUUCGCUUCCGCCUCUACGCGGUGCACAAGAUGAUUGGAGAGAAGAUGAUGGGAGAGCAGCUGUUCUACCUGAGCAACAUCAGCCAGGAAGAGGAAGUGAAGGUGACACUGAUCUUGGAGCCCAGAAGUAACCUGAGUAGUGCAGAUUCUCAGCUUAGUCUGUCAGCAAUCUCUCACAGUGAUAGCGCUUCUUCAACACAGUCCCUGUCGCAUGGAGGGGUGCCAGAGCUGCUCGUGGGAUUGUCAUACAAUGCCACUACGGGGCGGCUGUCGGUGGAGAUGAUCAAAGGCAGUCAUUUCCGAAACCUCGCAAUUAAUAGGCCACCUGAUACCUAUGGAAAGCUCUGCCUGCGCAACUCUGUGGGUCAGGAGAUGUCUCGCUGCAAGACCUCCAUCCGCCGAGGACAACCCAACCCUGUCUACAAGGAAACCUUCAUCUUCCAGGUUGCCCUCUUCCAGCUCUCUGAUGUCACCCUGAUGAUCUCCAUAUACAACAGGCGCAGCAUGAAGCGCAAGGAGAUGAUCGGCUGGAUUUCCAUGGGUCAGAACAGCAGCGGAGAGGAGGAGCAAAGCCACUGGCAGGAAAUGAAGGAAUCGCAGGGGACGCAGGUCUGCAGGUGGCACACGCUGCUGGAGUCCUAGUGGUUACCAGGGCAACUUGCAGAUCCUGGGACAAAGGGCUGUCUUACCUUGUUCUCAGCCAGCAGAAAACAGCUAUCCCGUGGCAAGCGCUGUGCUCUGACGGGGCAUGUGUGCUUUAACCUGGCUGCUUGGUGUCAGCAGUCAUGGGUAUUAAAGGUGGCAAGGCCUGGAAAGCACAUUUAGUUCUUGUCUUUCCAGGUUGUCCUGCGUUUUCUACAUCCAAAUAAUUAACCCUGGCGAGAAGCAGUGGGAAUACCUACAAAAUCCUUUCCUUGGUCGUUGUCUUGCUGAUUUUGUCAUAAGCUUAAUCAUCACAGGCUGAUUCUGAUGCUGUUUUCUUCUGGGUUAAACUCUCUCUUCUCUUCCUCCCCUUAUUUAUAUUAAUGAAGUUUGCAAAUAUUCCUCACACGCAGAUAGCUCACAGAAAGGCUAACCUGCAUGCAGAUCACAUCCUCUCCCUUUUAUUAUCGUGUUUCUAAGUCCUAGAAAUAAGCAUUUGAUACCACUGUAGACUGGAUGAUAUAUUUUUCAAGCAGCAUGAGAAAGCACUCUUGAAUUCUCUGUCAACUUUAAAGUGCCUAGACAUUACUACUGUUCUCCUGUACUAACAGUUGAUAUUAGGACUUAACACUAUUGAUAUUUUUAAUUAGGCACCCUGCGCACUUGUUAGCCUGCAUUGCCAUAGGUUUGCACAAGAGAUAAUGAGCAUCAGUUUUUCUAUUGCAUUAUACAAUGCAUGUUUAGAUGUUUACUUGAAGUUAUGGCUUCUGUCAUCACAAAUACCAAAAAAAAGACCAGAAAAAGCUGCACAUCCACCUUUGUGCCUGAAUCACUCUUUUCUGCAUCACUGUUUUGCCAAUGUGUUAAUCUGGUUUUUAGAAGCAAGGUUCAUUCAGAAAAGCAUUUCUGUGAGCAUUACAGGUGAAGGCUUCAGAUCUGUGGUUUCUCUGUGAUUCAGCUGAGCACUACUCAGUUUGCUGAGGGCUAUCCUUUAAUAUCUUCUUGGGAUAUGACAGGGGACUAGUUUUGGCAUACUGAGCCAUAGAGGAUGCCAGACCAUGUCACCUCAUCUUGGGGGCGAGCUCUCCUGCAGGCAAGGAAUAGGAUCCAGGGGACCCCCCAGAGGGGCUCUGCUGAACUAGCACCGGAGAAAAGUACUGUGCUUCCUGCCUCUCACUGAAAACAAUGCAAGGAGCAGGCAUGCUGGAUGAGGUGAUGACACUUUCACGUUGUAACUUUUCAGACUAUAUUGUCCUUUUCCACUCUGUUCUUUUUCCCUGUCUCUGCAAGUUGAAGCCGUGGAGAUGAUGGAUAGGGGACGUGUCUCGGUCUGCUGCUUGACUAAGUGGUUGUUUUUGCAAGCAAGUGCCAUGUGUGACACAAAGGAGGAUGUUCAUCUUCAAGUGCAGUGAUGGUAUGUAGGCAGUGAGGUGCUGAGAUCUUCAAAUGCUAUCAGCUGCCCAAUCUCCCAUUCCCCCCGCUCUCUAGGAGAGGACUGGCAUUUCUCCAUUCCUGCUGAUGACAGCAAGACACAGGAAAUAUUUUGCUGAAAAGGUUUGUCUGUACUGAGUCACUUCGUGUUUUGGUUUUGUCAUUUGCUGAGAUCUGGCACCAAAUUCUGCCUCCUACUGCACUGCAGCCAUCUCCUUCCUUCAAUGGUGCUGUGCAAAUCUAACUAAUGCAAAUUUUGGCACUGGCUGUUUGACCAAAAUUGGGCCUCUCUGCUGGUUUGGCUCACAUCCAGGCCAGCCAGGCCCUGAGAGCACUGCUGUGCUCUCAGUCACAGGUUAUCACUUGGUGUCAUACACACAGGCUCUGUCUGUCCUCAUGAGGCAGACAGAAUAAUCUGCAUGUAGGAGGGCUUCUGGUACAGGUGAUACAAGCUAUUCUACAGACCCUGCUUUUGUAUAUUCUUAUCACCUGUCUGAGUAUCAUUUUUUCAGGGAGACUUCUGGGUAUCAUAUGCAGGAGGGUUCUCCUCUCCUGUCUAGAUAAGCUGACAUAUCUACUUUGCACUACUGGGGCUUUCUGUCACAAAACAGGAUACAAUCUAAAUUCAGCUCAGCAAACAAAUAUAUUUUUGACUGCACUGCUAAUGCUGCUGUAUUACCAAUGCAAAAAAAAAAAAAGAACAUUUGAGUGGUAACCAGGAGAAUAGAUUUUUUUUUUAUCACACACUUUUCUUCUGGGAAAAAAAAAGUAGAGGAAACAGCCCAGUUCAAAAGGUACAUUUGCUGAUUCCAGUUGCUUUCCAAUCUCGGCAUCUUUUUUUGCCUGAACUGCAUAAAAUGUAUGUGCAAGUGUUUAUAAUUAAUUUUAUUACCUGGAAUGUGAAUAUAUGAUAAACUUACUGAGGUUUUCUCCAUAACUUCUUGAACCUGCAAAGUGUUGCUUAUGCUUCAUGAUUAGCUAAGGGAAAACUGUAAGUUGAUAAUGUGUUUCAGCGGUGAACUGGAGAUAACCCAGAUUUAUAACAGUAUGAUUAAAAAAAAACUAUUGAAAAAGAUCAUUUUAAAAAGCAAUGUAAUAAACUGGUUUUGGACUUCCAUGCUGUUUUCACAGUAAGAUCUUUUCCAAAGAUACAGCAUUAUGGGAAUUGAAUUUUAAUAUAUAAUUUCAGUGUAGAGUAUUGGGAGUCAGAGGAAAGCAAAAGAAAACAGCUUACUUAGAGUAAGUUAAUAUCUGAGCAUGUAUUAAAACUUAGUUGUCCAAGGGAAGCAGGUUGCUGCAUUCUUGCUGCAAUCUUUUGGCCUUAUAUUUCACCAGAAAAUUUUGGAGUGGGGGUAAAAAGGGAUGCAGCAAAUGGACCAUUGGGGUUUUGGAGCUACUGCCAAAACUCUUGGCAUAUCCAUGCCUUGAGCAGUGCAUUCAUGGGGUUCAUUAUGUUCCUACUAAAGCAAUGGAGGAAUUUUUUGAAUCCUGGGAUGAACAAGGUGCUGGAGGUGCUUGUGCUUACUAGUUGGAUUUUGAUAUUUUUGCUGCUUUCGUGGUUUAUUUUUCUUUUCGGUGUUGACUGUCUGUGAAAUGAAGGAUUUGUACCAGCCCUGGCAUAUUCCAAAGCUCCUCUAAUUCUUCCCAUUGACAGAUUGAAUUAGUCAUUGCUAAUAUUGAUACAGGCUUGGCUUGUGCUCCUGGUCUUUCUUAUGUAAAUACCAUUGCCCUUUCAGUCAGUGUUUUAACCCCUUGUUUCCUUUGGGAGUGGCUGACAAGACUGAAUUUGCAGAAAGGUUUCAAUUCCUUGGGAAGUUUGACUCUCCCUUGGCUCACAGUUGGUGAUGGGUGGUAGGCUGUGCCCUGUGCUUCACUGGCCUUCCUCCAUGUGGAUGCUGAUGCUUCCUCUCUGUUUCUCUGGGGUUCCAAGGGGGGGAGAGGAGCUUCCCGUGGGAGGGCCAUGGGAAGUUCAAGGAUCAGGAUCAGAAAAUAAAAAAACCUGAAAACCCACAAAACCAUUGUGUGGGAAGGAACUUAACUGCACUGGCAUAGGCCCAGAAUAUUGUGGGCAAGUGCCCUGCAUACAGCUCUGUAUCUUGAACAGCAUCAUUCAGCUGGUUGCAGUCUGUUCCUUCCUUGGUCUCUCUCCAGCCAGCUGGAGCUGUCCUGCUCUGUCCUGCUAAGCUCUGCUGUUGUUUUAUCUUCUGGUUUAAAUGUGUAUCGACAACAGAACAGAAUGAUCUCACCAUGUUUAUAUUCCCCAUGAUGUGAUCUUCAGCUGAUGCCCACAGAAAUGAGUACCUCUUUUAGCCCACUGAGCUGCAGUGCUGGCUCCCUGAAGUGUCCAUUUGCAAAAGCUUUGUCUGGAUGGUCUUCUGCAUCCUUUGAUUUGUUUGGGUUUCCUUUUUACCAGUGUCUUUAAUUAGCUGGACCCUGCUGUGGCCUGCUCCUUCCUGUCGCUCUGCCUUGCCUGCGCUUCCCUUUGGAGAUAAUGUGGGUUGUGUGGCUCCUGGGGUACAUGGACAAUACUCAGAUGUAUUUUUAGCGGCUGCAGAUCCCGAGGAGUUGUUUGGUGCUUUACAUAGUCGACUGAUCUUCAGUCAUGAAUGUCUUUAGAUGUUCCUGGAUGCGCAGAACCAAAAGCUGCCAGCUGCUAUUGAUCAUUUUUCCAGCAUAAAGCCGGAGGUGGCAGCUUGGCAGAGGAGCAGGCGUUUCCUCUGGUGGCAGUUCGUUUUCCCCUUCAGUUGGAGCUGGCAAUGACCUUGGAGCUGGCGUGCCUGCAGAGCUUGCUUUCCACUCCCAUAUUUAUCAUCAUCUUUAAUCUGUGUGAUCACAGCGCUUCAUCUCUCUGCCUCUCAGCUGCCUUCUGCCCUUCAGCACGAAAGGUGGACAAAAAGGCUGAGCAGAGAAUAUGGCCUUCUCCAUCACGUUAUCUCUGGGCCUGGGGGAAGCUGACUCCUAGAGGGGUUGUCUUAAAGUCAUGGUGCUCAUGAUCAAGACGUUGCAACCCUGCUGUCUAAUCCACUUGUGGACUUUGAAGGUUGUUAGUUGGGCUGUGAUACUUUAAUAUUUACAAAGUACUGACACCCGUUCACCUCAGUGUGGACCAAGUUAAUGACAGAAGAAACAACCUGUUCUGUGUUUGCUUUCUUCUUUCUCAUGGGCAUUGUGUUCUGUGAAAGGACAACAGAGCCUGAAGGAAUUAGUAUGCAGGAACAUCCGCUUUCCAUUUAAAAUGUAGUGUGAUGUUUGCAGCUAUGGUUUGAGGGGAAAAAACAAAGCAUCCAGGGUUUGUAGAAAAGCUCACACUUCGAAUGAGGCACGUUUUCCCCUUCAGCAUGUGCUACCCCAACAAAUACAUUCUCAUAUCCCAGGAAGCGGUGCUGGCUCUCAGCUCAUCUGCUUCUGUGAUACAAGCAGCCAGAAGCUGACAGAUCCUAAAGCUUGGAAAGACAUCCAGGAUAAUUCCACAUAGCUGUUUUGGGUGUUUAUUUGGGAUCUGGUGCAGAUUUAACAAGAUGUCGUGCAAAAAAUGAAAACCCCAAGCAGUGGUGGGAAGGUGGUGAGGAGGGAGGCAGGGAAGGCUCUCAGUGUGCUCAUGCUGCUGUAGAGCUGGGAGUCUGCUCACUCUCUACUCCAGAAAGCAGCACAGCUGGGCUGCGGUGGCAUCAAGCCUGAGCUGAAACCCAGUUUCUCUGCGUGAUUCCUGAGCUCCAGAUCUGCUGAAGGCAUACAGCCUUUUUUUUCAGUGCAGGGUGAGCUCGUGUCUUCCUGCAGCCUACACUGUGGGCCUGAAGAAAUGAAUGUGUAAGUAUUUUGUCUCUCACAGCGGCCCAAGGUCAUCUUUCUGGAACAGCAAACAGGCACAGAAUCCAAAGAAGAUCAGUCUGUCAUAGGAGUAAGGUUAGCAUCUGCACUUACAAAUGACAAAGGCUAUUAAUCCUCAUGCUGUAAUCCCCAAGCUGUUUGCCAGCUGGCAGCAGGAAGAUGUUCCCACUCAACCCACACAGCUAUCCAUGUUUUUUCACCUUUAUGGAGCAGAUAUAGGUCAAUACUGUAGCCUGGAUAAAGAACUUGGUAGAUACCAUUCAUCUCUUUUGGCAUUACAAUCCCUCUCCUCUCCACACAAGCCAUCUGUACAAAUUAGUAAGAGGAAAGCUGCAGGCUGGGCUCUCCCUGAGCUGCUCCCUCAAAACAGAAGGUUGAAGGUGAGAUUUUUUUCCCUCCCCUCUGCUCCUGAGUUUGUCAUGGGAGGAUGAAUUUUGAGAUUUUGCUGCAGAAUUGAACAGCUUGAGAAAAGCUCUGUCACUAGACAGAUUUUGUACACAGAGCAGGGAAAACCUAAUGCUUGUAGAAGGCAGAAAAAAGUCCAGUGCUGAUGCUUUUUUCGAUCCUAAUUUGGGAACCUGCGUGGGAAUUGGGUAUUGCCCAUCACAGGAACAUAAAAUCCUGAAUCCUACAAGUUAUCACUACUGAUAAGGCAGAAGGAAGACUGCUGCUUGGCAGCAAUGCAGAUGGACUGUGGUAGUCUAUAUGAUCUCACCAAAAACCUAUAUGGUCACCAUGUUACAUCCAGUGAACAUUAGGCAGGCUGGGGUUGGAAAAAGUUGAAGAAGAAACACAAAAUCCAGAUGGGAGCUGUGAAGCUCCAUUUAGACCUGUUACUUGCUCAUCUCUGUAGAAAAUUGGAAAGCAAAUUGUUGGGUUUUACUUAACAGAAGUGGUUUAACAGAAAUCACAGCUGCUUGGGCAGCUGCAGGUGUGAGGAAGUAAGGAUGUUUCCUCCUGGCUCUUGCAUUUCCUCUGGCUGUAAUGAGUGACAUAAAAUAAACAUCAAAUACUCCAGAGGUGUCUGUCCUCUGUACCAUCAUACCAACAUGGGCUGAUCUUAUUGAGUAAUAAGAGACAGAAAGCUGAUAUUGGGCAUGGGUGAAGAACAAGGAUUCAGGGUCCAGACAAAAGCUAGAUUCUUCCUGAGCCCCACAACCAUUAAUGAGUUGUGACCUCCAGGGAAGGCAUUUUAUUGUGCCAAAUACCUCCCUUUCCCUUAAUUUCUCAAAUUUAGGAUAACAUUGCAAAAUUUUCUCUUCAUUAGCAGCUAGGAAAUAAAUAAUAUAAUUUUGCCAGCUUUCCUCAUCCCUGUGUCUUGUUAACACUUUCCAGGUGCUUUUCCUUCAUGCUGUCUCCAUCACUGUGUUUCCCAUCCUCUCAUUAAUAUCUACAGAGGUCUGCUCCAACACAGGUCUGUGCCUGGUAGCAAUAUUUUAUGUUCAUGGUGCUCAGGAUAAAACCUAUCCUCUGAUCUCUUGCUGUCACUACGUGGCACCUCAAGCACAAGUUUUCCAAUUAAACCGGUACCACAUCUCUCCUGUAUUCUUCUGCUGACAUUGCCGUGUUUUGUGUUUUGCUGGGCUGUAUUCUCAGCUGUAACUUCAUUGACUUUUUCCCAGCAGAGAGUUUUGUUUGUCAAGAAGAGUAAAUGAGGUAAUCAUUCGGUAGACUUAGCAUUUAAAUACUGCGUGACAUUUAUAUGUGUAUAUAUAAAAAUGUUUUUUAUGGUAGAGUGCCGCGAGGCAUUUGCAUGAAGCACAUCUCAAUGUAUAUUUGACUGUUGAUUUAAAUACACUGUAUAUAAUAAGUUAUUUUUAGUGUGUAUUGACUUCUUUCUAUAUUGGAACAAUAUACCACCUCUGGUAGGCUUUUGUUGUCUCGCUGUCGCAGUCACAGCUGGACACUGGCGAUGAGGAGACUGAGGUGUCCCUCUCCUCUUUCCUCUGUGUGCCCCGUGAUGUGGGAGUCUUUCCCCCCCCAGCAGCUUUGUGAGUACACAGAUAUAACUCCUGGGGUGUGUUGCCACAGGACAGUGUUGUAAGCCUCUUACUGCAUUUCCCUCCUGGAGUUUAGUAGAAUAAUCUGCCUUGAAGAUUUUUCCUUUCUUUGCUGUAGUCUCCUAAGUACAUCCCAUGGGUGUGUAGUGAGCCAGUUGGUAUUCAGAGUGAUUCAGCCCUCUGGAUGAGGCUGCAUCAGGAGUAAUAGAAAUCUCAGCUCCCCUUUUGCAGCCUGAGGUCACAGAAUCACAGAAUGGUUUGGGUUGGAAGGGGCCUUGAAGACACACUUGUUCCAAACUCCCUGCCAUGGGCAGGGACACCUUCUGCUAGAGCAGGUUGCUCAGAGCCCGGUCCAACCUGGUCAUCCACAGCUUCUCUGGGCAACCAGUGCAGCCAACUCCCAAAGUAUAAGCAACAGGAGGACACACUAUCCAUUCCUACUGUUAAAUAGUGAGCACUGCUGGCAUUCCUCAUACCAGCAUCCAUCAUUACUCAGUAUAGAGAGAUGCUCCCACCAGAUACAGGUCAAUAAAAGCUCUAGAUGAUCCAUCAGUGCUUCAACAGGAACCAACAGGCUGCAUGGCUGUUUCUCCUGGCACGUUUGUAUCCAGCUUUCACAUAUUGAAAAGAAAAUGUUACCAUGAGUUCCCAGAGAAACAAAAAUGUCUCAUAGAAUCACAGAAUGGUUUUGGGAUGGGAGGAACCUUGAGGAUCAUCUAGUUCCAACCUCCUGCCGUGGCAAGGAGCACCUUCCACUAGACCGAGUUGCUCAAAGCCCCAUCUUACCUGGCCUUGAACACUUCCAUGGAUGAGCAUCCACAGAUUCUCUGGGCAAACACAAUAUUUAUCUAUAAAUUAAUCACUUUAAAUAAUAACAAUACAGAAAAAUUAGCAAAAAAGGCCAGGUCUCUAACUUCUGCUGUUUCAAAAGCAAGGCUUCUAGAGCCUGCAUUUAUUGUUGAAUUAUUUUUAUGAUAAAUAAAUCUAUGGAGGGAGAACUGUUCAUGAAGUUUAUAAGAAACAAAUUUGUACAUUCUUUUCACUUUUGAAAAGCUCAAAGAUUUGCACGGAAAAUUGUACGUUCAAUCUAGUUAAUAAACAGCUGGUAUUGACUGGUAAGGCCACCAGGGUGGUUUGACUGUUGUUUCACUUGCUGGGUACGUGAUUGAAGGAGAUAUCUGCAGUGCAAAACUGUGACAAAAUGAUGAAAUAUAUGAUGAAAAGAUGUUUGGAUAUUCAUCAGGAAGAGUGGUAGGGGUUUAUUCUUAGCUUUUCAUGCAGCUGACAAUGAAACAUUUUUAUUCUAUUUAAGUGCUAACGUGCAUGAUCAUACAAUAUAUUGCCUCUCGCUAAUUAUAUGCUGUGUUAGGAAUACUAAUGUCUAGAUGAUAUCUGACUGGGGGAAAAAACCCAAAACCCAUCAAACCCAGCUUCUGCAAAAUUCUGGGCUGAAAUUACCCCCACACACAUACAGCCAUCCACACCUUAGAAACAGUCUUAUUUUGUUAAGGUGAACUCUGCUGUUGCAGGUUUUUAUCAAUAAAAUAGAAGCAGAUGGCUCAUGUAGACAUGCAAAACCGACGUAUCUUCCUUUUUGUUCCCAUUGUGGCUGAACGGAGUGAAUAUGCAUCUAGGAGAGGUGGAUGUGUUUUGUUCGGAACUGGGAUGCAGGUGCCUGGUGCAUAAUGCAUAACUGGGAGGAACGGGAAGUAUCUGCCCCCCACCCGGUCCCCAUGUCCAUCCAAACUGACAGAGGGGCCCUGUGGCAGCAGGCUGGGGGGGCUUUGGGGGAUUGGAGAGGUUCCCGUGUCCCACUGUGUAUCUGCUUCCCCCUGCACACCUCCUUUCAGCCAGCUCUGUGUGGGGAAGGAGAAGUGCUGGCUAUACCUUUGAUGCCUGCUCUUCCCCACUCUGCCAUCCAGCGCCACCAGGAUUUGGGGGAGAAGUCCCUCCCACCCUCUCCAUGGUGGUUCCCCAAUCACCGGGUUUCUCGUAUACACCAAUGACAUGUUGGCAUCUGCACCAGGGCAUGCAGGGGUCAAUGUCACCAUUGUGUCUCCUGUGUGUAGAUACCAGUCUUGUUGACAUCCUGGGACACUGAGGGAUGCCCCCAUAGCAGUUAGGCUGGCCACAGGGUGGAAACAGAAGUAAGUGCUCAAGUGAUGAGCUGGAGAGCUGAAACUGGGCUGACAUGAAGCCAAGCAUGAGGGAUAUGCCUGUAUCUGGUGAGUACUUUUGCUUACAUCUACCUUUGAUCGUGAUCUAUUUGUGUGAGUGGUUUACUUCUGGCAGGUUGAAGUUGUAGUCCAUGCCUACGUUAAGACAGAAAAAGACAGAAGCUAAAAAAACUUUCCAAACUGGUGAUUUUGAACUGGGGUUAGUUUGUUCCUCUCAGAAUAGCAGUGCCACCUUUGAGGGAGACAUGAGAAACCACGAUUUCUGCAUCCCUGCUGGCAUCCACAGGGUUGGCUUUCCAGGACCAGCCCAGAAAUAGAGUUUCUUUUUCUAGCAACUGUUGGUAGCUUCAGUCCCUGGAAAGCUCAGGAAAAGCGGCCAGUACGAGACAUGUCUGGGGACACAAAAAACCCAGCCCAGAGCCCUUCAUCUGAAAGACAGUGGGAAGUGGAUUAUGCUGAGAGGCUAAGAGAAAAACAAGGGAUUUUGGGAAAACUCACCCUCCUUGGUGUAAAUUGGGGAUGAAAAACGUGUUUUGUUGAUGUCCAUGGGUGACCAGGCUCAGCUGAGAGGGCUUGGGUGGGGCUGCAGGGCAGGCUGGGGGUUUGCUCUGGAGUGGCAGCCAGCAGCUCCCCCAGACACAGAGGAGGAUCUACAGAAUCAGGCACCAUCUGCAAGCUGCUGAAGGGUUUGGGAGCUCAGGUGGGCACUGCUGCCAAGGUGGUGACAUGGUCUGAGUCGGUACCAGCACAGAGUUUUUCUGGUCUGAUUAUCCAUAACACUACUUCACCCCACGCAUUUUCUGAAAACCACUUAAAAUUCUCCCUGCCCAAUCAACCAGCCUCAAUCCUCCCACCAACUCACCCGAUUCCUCCCGUGUAAACCCAGCACUGAGGGGUGCCAGCAAUUGCUCUGGAUGACUCGAGCACUGUGGGGGGGACCACACUUGUGUUGCUGUUCCUGCAGCCUCACCAUGUCCUUUUGGGAAUGUCCCCAGCCUCAGGGUGGGUUUUCUCAGGCUGGUUCCCAGUGCAGGGCUAACCAGCAUGGGGUUUGUUUCACCCCUCCGUGCAGACUUGCCUGUGUCCCUGUGCAAGCUCGGCACACGUGAUGAUGAAGGUGCUGGCAUUGAACUCGGGGAGAGAGGGGGUAUGUCUUGGCGCCAACAUUUGGUUAGCUUGGCCUUAGUGAGGCUGCCCAUAAAUUUGGGAAUAAAAGACUCAGGAUUUCUAUGUGCUUGGUGGACAACUAGUGCAAGUGCAAUGGGCUUAGCAAUCCACUUGCUGCUCCUGCUGGGACGGCCCUGCUCAGCAUCAACUCGUGUGGGUCUCGCUGGGCUCCCGGCUCCCGGCUGUGUUAUGUUUUAUCGCUCUUAUUAUCCCAUUCUUCCUCCAGCUGCAUUUUAAUUCCUUGCUUAGAAUGACUUCGUUCCUUGGCAAAGCACCAAGUAAUGUUUUUUUCGUCCCUUUUUUCAUCCUAAUUUUGACCAGUUGGAAAAGUCACAUUUUUAAUGUCAGGAAACUAAGUUUUGAAUUUCAGCGAAAGAGUGAUAUCAUUUUUCACGAGAGGGUGAAAGCAUUCCCACUUCUCAAUCAGCUCAGUGGAGGCUAAAGCUGAGCUGUCUGCCAUCUGUCUCCUCGCCAGUCUCUCUUCCACCAUCAUCACUUUUUAACAGGUUGGCCAAUUUCAAUCACAUUUGAGCGAAGGGUAACUGUCUCAAAGGCAGUUUUGCUUCUGCAAAUUUUGUCAGCUGGCAGAGGAUCGUUUACAGGGAAGCAGAAAGAAGUAGGUUUGAUGGCCAAGGGUUGGUCAGCUGGUCCAUCAUGACAGUGUAAAGCUCCAGACAAGCUUCAGCAUGUGCUGACUUUGGUUCUGUCUCUGGUUGAGCUGUGGGUGUCCAAGCAGACAUGGUGGAAUUUGUUUGGGGGUGGUGGGGAGGAUGUAGGGGAUAAAGAGUACAAAUAAGUAGGAAAAUGAACUUCAUUAGUUCUGCUCUUCCCCAGCUUGUUUCAGAAGGUUUUUCUAAGUUUUUUUAAAAUGUAAGGAGGUAAAAAAUAAGUUUUCAAAUUUUAAAAUACCAACAAAUUUUCUUAUACAAUGAACUGGGAGAUAGAGGAAAAAAAUAGAGUUCUAGUACUGGAAGAGUCGAAAGAGAAAGAGCUAGUAUUUUAAAAUGAAAUGCAAAGGCUUCAUUUUAGAUGCAGGCAGGAUUAGCCUCCCUAGGCAUCCAGUCCCUCUGAGGUUGGCCAACUGUUGGGAGGCAUAAACAGGGUCCAGAAACUGGAGCUACUCAUCUUCAUUUGCUGUGACAAGCCAAUGGCUGGGAAAGCUUUUGAGAGUCUGUGUCUGCUGGAGGCAGCUGAGCAUGCCAGGCCAGGGAUAAAACCUGGUCCAGGAUGUAGCUCCUCACAUCUGAAAGUUUUCAGAUACAAAUGCUGAACAUUUUGGGUAUAUUUUAUCUUUUGAAAAUAACUUCUGCAUACUGUGUUUAGAAAUACAGUAACUGUGUAGGCAUAUGCUGCCUGAGAGGACUGGUGCUUUUGUACACACAUCUUUUGAAUGUUUGGUGCUUGAAUUCAUUACUUUAAUUCACUUUUUCUUUAACACUUGACUUGGGGAGACAACUGUUUUGAAAUGAAGGAACUGAUUUUUUUUUAAUUUUGUGAGACAGUUAAAGUAAAGUAGAUGCUAAUGUUCUGGGCUUUUAUAUUCCCAAUUGCUCUAAACCAUUUUAAAAUAUACAUAUGUUAUAACACUGACUAUGCCAGGCAAUCCUGCUUUCAAAAGACUAAACUAAAAGAAAAAAGCUGCUCUUCUGUUGUCUGCCUGUCCGGGUUUUAUCUUAUGCAGUACACAUUUAAACUCUUAUCUUCUCAAAUAAUAUCACUGUCAAUAGGGACUUUGAUCCCAGUUCACAGGUCUGUUUAAUUUCCAUUGCAUUGAAACAUUGUGCAAUUCAGCUGGACAGUGAUUCCCAACCAGGCAUCCCUGGCAGAGGGGAAAACUCCUCUUCGGACAAGGAGGGGAGGUGAUCUCUCAUGCUCCCAUGGCAGGAGAAAGGGGAUGGGAUGGUUGGAGAUGGAGCAUCUGCUGUUCAUCUUGGUGGAGAUGCCUUUCAGCCAGCAGAGCAAUGCUGGUUUAUACUGGCAGGGAUCUGUUUCCCUGCACUCUCUGCCCCCUGGGAAAGCAGACAAAGAAAAGCAGCUACAUCUGGAUUGCGGAAGAAUUUCUUCCGGGCUGAUCAGGGGUUGGAAAUACUUUUUGGAGCCAGCUGAGGAAACAUAGCUGACCUUUUGGCUGUAAAUUAUUGCCUGCUAAUAAGUCCUGCUUGUGUGCUGAGAGGAGAGGGGAAGAUGUAUCUUUGCAGCAGAAGUUGUGUUGAAUGUUAAAAAAAAAUACAGUAAUUUUCACGAAGACUGGAGUAAGUGAGGCUGUCGUUCAUUCAGCUCUAGGCACGGAGUAGGUGCUUCUGUGUCUUCUGUCUCUGCUUACAGAAGUGAUAUUACUGAAUUAAUUAUGACAUCUUUGUGAAGAGCUGACGAAUCGCUCAAGUCCUCUAUUCAGCAGUACAGAAAUGUCAGGUUCAUCUCACAGUAAAUUUAAAAUUACACCAACCUGAACUACUGCUACUGGCAGCAUAAUAAUAAGGUAGGUAAUCAAAAUCAAUUAAAUUCCAGUGCCUUCCUAUUGUCCUAGAAAAUUCAAAUUUGAAAUUAGUUGGAGUUCAUUUGACUUCUCAAUAAAAGAAGCAGAGCUUCGGAGAUAAUUUGAAGUAAGUAUAUGGCUGUGAGUGAUCUUUCCUCAAACUGCAAAGACCAGGAGAGCUGAGUGCAUUCACACAUUCGUGCAUGCUGAGUACCAAACACACCCAGAUGCUCAGAGUCAAGGGAGUAACUGGUUUGAGUCUGUGGCAUUGACGUGUGUUAGCUGGGACUCAGGCCUGCCAAGACUCAGUUUGUUAAAAUUUGGAUGAGAUAUUGAUCCAGGGGAAUGCCAGUUGAAGUGUGCUUCCAUUCCUACCAUGUAAGAGGGAGGAGGACUAAGGCUGGUGCAUGCUCCUCUGCAGGACCUUCAUAGAGACUCUGGAGCAACCAGAAGGAGGGGAAGUCCAUGUGUCCCACCAGCAGUGACAUGCCAAGUUACAACGUGUGUGGGACACCAUCUUACAGAUCAAAGGAGAACAGAGGAUUGCCCAGGACCUUCAGAUGCUGCUAAAAUGAAUGUUUUCCCAUAGCACCUUGCCUUGUUUUAGGCACUGUCUGAGACUUUGAGUCACUUUCAGUAACAAGAUGGAACAUAAUUGCCCAGAGAAGUUGUGGAUGCCCCAUCCUUGGAAGUGUUCAAGGCCAAUUUGGAUGGGGCUUUGAACAACCUGGUCUAGUGGGAGGUGUCCCUGCCCAUGGUAGGGAGGUUGGAACAAGAUGAUCUUUAAGGUGCCUUCCAACCCCAACCAUUCCAUGAUUUAUGGGCUGGAUGGAGGGAUGAGGAUGGCUAUGGUAUUAGCAUGAGCCUCUCAGGAGCUACGGUGUCAUCCAUGCUAGUUGUGUGGAAAAGGACACAGCUGGGAAGCACAGAAGAAAAUUUAUUGUCUAAGAAGAUUUCCUCUUGGAGAAAAGUCCUGAGCAAAGCCCAGGCUUGGUGCUGGGACUGAUCUUAGACAGUAUUGUGCUGGUAACUUCACUGCAGCCAUUGGCACCAAUCUGGCUUUCCAGAAUAUCUCAUCUUCUACACCUCCUUUUCAACUUGUACAACUCCUCUGGGAAUCCCUCACUUCUUCCAGGGAAGUUCCCUACGCAUAGUUGGCUGUACUAACUGUUUUUUAAAGAAGAAUUUUUUUAAAAAAAUUUUUUUUCAUAUUCUUCUAUCUGUCAGUAUUUUCGGGAAAGGGAUUUCCCCUCUGUUCACUUACACAUUUAAGGCUGUAUUUAUUCCUUUUAAACUUUUUCUGGGCCUUGCUGGCUGGACCCUCUGUUAUGAGGGUAGGCUGAGCCUGAUAUCCUACCUAUUGCCAUAAGGAGUGUGCUCAGCAGUAAAAUCCUGCUGUCUGAGUGAGGCACAGUAGUUGUCCCACCCCACAGUGACCUGCUGUUUUGUUCGGGAGGAGAUUUGGGUUGUUUUGCUCUGCAGCUUUUAUUCCUGCAGCAAUCCAAUUUCUGCCCAUGGGAUUGCAGAGUGCUGUAGUGCCUCUUUGGGAUCACGGGUGUAUUUGCCAGGGUGAGACCCAGGGCACAGUGGUGGAACAUCCCGAAAGCUCAGGGGAAAAACAGUGUGUGAGGAUCUGAUGUGGGAAUGGAGGAAGAAGGGAGCAAUGUAAGUCGGGAGGGAAGAGAAGCGUGACCCAGCGAGAGAGCAGAAGAGCUCGGCUCUCUGCCAGCAGUACCAAAUUGGACUCAUCUCUCCCUCCAGCCUUUCUAGGCACUGCCUUGUGUUUUUCCCAGUCUUGGCCUGAAGCAAGCAGAGCUCUUGCCCUCUCAGUGCCACAACGGGCACUCAGCACCUCCCCGGCUGCCGACCCUCUCCGUGCCUCCUUCAGUCCGCCCCAAAGGGAGGUUUUAUGCCCCCCCUUCCCACUCCCUCGGGCUGCUACCCCCCUCCCAGUUUUGGUGUUUCACAUCCCCAUCCUCUGCCGCGAGUCUCAGGCAGCUCCUCACCGCCUGUCCAGCUCUGAGCCGCGGCAUCUGCUCCAUCCUCCGGCUCACCCCGCAACCCGGCGGCCCGCCCGGCACGGCACGGCACGGCUCGGCUUGGCUCGGCGCAGCACGGAGCAUCCCGGUGGCGGGACCUCCCCCUCCCUCCUCCCUCCUUCCCCGUUCCUCCUCCCUCCCCGCGGCCUCGAGUCGCGCCAGUGAUGGAGAGAGCGUCACCGUCUCCUAGCAGCGCUCCUAGCAACGCUCCUAGCAACCGGGCAACAUCUGCUCCCGCUGGACCAAUCCGCGCAGGGAACAUCUGGGCACCCACCUCCGCGGGCUGCGGCCGGGAGGUGAUGCGCUCCUCAGUGGCUGCAGGGACCCGCAGGAGCUGCCACCACCGCCACCACCGCUACCACCACCUCCACCGCCACCACCUCCUCCAGGAGCAGCGAGGGAAGGACGGAGCAGCCCUCCCUCUGGAGCCGGGGCUCGCUGGGUAACCGUUCAGCAGUGCCGUGCUGCCAGAAAUGCUCGCUGAGCCCGUGCGAGGGGGAAAUCUUACCAGAACUGCUGAGAUUAUCCCAGAAAGACCCUUUGCAGAUUGACUCCGCAUCCUCAGAGCUGGUCUGAUCAGGGCCUACCAAAGACAUUAACGACGUCGAAAGUAGCCUACUUUAAGAGAAAAUAUGCAGAAGAAGAACAUUUACAUCAAGAUUACCAUGAGUAUUGUCCAAAACACUUGAUAUUACCAGAGGACCGGACUUGUAUCCUAAAACUAUCCCUCCAGAAACUCCGCUUCCUGGACGACCCCGAAGCCUAUCUCCGUAGGUCUGUAUUAAUUAACAAUCUGUUGAGGAAGAUUCACCUAGAGACAGAGAGGGAGAGCUAUGAAUACUUUAAGGAGGCUCCGUGCUAUAGGACUGCUUACUCUGACGCACGAAAACGGCUGAAGUUUAUGGUGCAGGAGUGCUGUUCCCAGUCGCUCUAUUAUGAAGAGCUGCACUCGUAUCGCAUCGUGCCUUACUCUGCAGAGAACGCCGUUUACGGAAUGGGCUACACGGGCAGCCACCUGGAGCAAAAUUCUCAGUUGCUUAUUUAUAAAAUGAAUUAAAAGUAGCUGUUAGACCCACUGAUGUUUGUUUCUGAAUGCUUGAACUGCUUACUGAGGUGUUAAGGUGAGGUACUAAUUGCAGAUCAAAGGCGGAUGCGCUGGGAGCUGAGUGGAAGGUACUUUGGAUAAUGCUCUGCAGCCCCCGCUGUUAAACCCCCCGGUUGUGAAGUACCUUGCUGUACACAGAGAGCUGGUGCAAUACGGAGGUCCUUACCCGCAGAGACUGCGUGCAGCGCGCUUUGUAGAAACAAAGCUGCAUUUUUAAGUUCCCUGUGUGUAGAUACAGAUGUUCCAAGUCACUUUUACAGUUAAAUUAUGCCAUCCCUGGUGAAAGGGGAACUGCCCAAAGCUGUGGAGUAGUCUAACAGUGAGGAGUAAAACACAAGUUAUCUACUGUAAAGGUAUAGAUAGAAAGUUUGUUUGAGAAAUGCUUUGACCAUGAAGGAGUCAGUGCCAAAGGAAUCAGCCUUUAGUUUAGGAUUUUCAGAGACUGAACUCACUUGCUACUUACAAGACACUCUAUACUGAGAUUUGCAAGGGUUUGUGGGUUGGGUUUUUUUAAAAUAAUUGCAUCACCUUUUACUUAUAUUAUCUCUUAGCUGGUAUCUACUUUGCUAUUUUAAUAAGAACCAGAAUGACUCACAGGAAAGAUUGUUUCUUCAGCCCAUCAUUGGUGUUCCCUUAACUUCAUUUGCCUCUUUCCCUAGCUGUUUCCCUGAUACUUCUUUGCAUGCUAAUUUGCUGUUUGGCCUGAGGUUCACACUGGUGCUAGGGAAUAGACAGCAAUUUCUUUUUAUGUGGAAUAUAAAAGGCAGAAAAGCAAUGAUAACCCUCGUAGAUAGAGAAUGAAUGUAUCUGACAGAUGCUGAUAAGACCUCAGAGGUUCUGAUGAAACUGCUCAGCAUUAGUAAUAAUGUUUCAGGUUAAGUGAAAUGUCUAAUUUCAAUCUGGGAAUUAACUUUAGAAGAUGUAAAUAUAUAUUUCACAAGCUACGACAUGCGAGAUGUUCAGCAAAUGGAAUGACUACAAGUGGAAAGUUUUAUAGCUGCCAAAGCUACGUCAUGAAAAUACCAAAGAGUAACAUAAGGGAAAAGAUGAUGCUCCAGCAAUGGGGUCAAAAGCAAAGAUUGCACUAUAAUCUGGGGAAAUGUGAUUAAUGAGCCUGUAAAUUAGCUGUUAGCGAUACACCUGCAGUUCACCCACGGGUGACCUGCAUCCCAGAAUUGCUGAACAAAUAUACAAGAUGAUUCAAAGCCUGACAAUGUCCUGCAGGUCUGUUGGCUUACAGCAAAGAAACCGGCUUUGCCUCGCUGGCUAUCACCACUUUAAAGCUUUAAAGCAAAGUAAAUAAUAGCGCACACUCAGCUGGAGGCAGAUAUACAUAUAUAUAUAUAUAAAAGAAACUAAUUUUUUUUAUUAUUAUUUUGAAAGGCUUUGCUUGUGCAGAUGUGGCUGAUGCUAUUUCUGAAGCAUUAUACAGUAUGAACAAAUACCAUGGCUUGCCAGGAACGUGCUUUGUGUCAGAUUCCUCCUGUCACCCUGCUUAGAGCAUCCUAGUCGUGUGAGUUGCACAUAUCAUCACAGCUCUCAGGCACGUGUUAGUGCAGGAGAAAAGUCAGGAAGGCAAAAGCAAGAGGUAUGAAGAAUAAAGUCAACUCUGAUAUCAGUGGUUAGAAGCCAGUAGAGGUAUAAGAGACAGAAGAAAGCAGUAAAAUCCAGAUUUUUUUUUUAAAUAAUAAUAAAAAAAAGGCAGCAGUGCAAUUCAAAACAAGGAUAACCUGCAAACUGGAGAACAUAAACAGCACAGAUACUGUGGGAAGGCUGGAAAAACAGGGCUGUGCUGUUUGGGAGGUGCUGUUAGUCAUGAUGAAUGUUCAGGUUUUAGUUUUUAUUUUGAGACGAGGCAUAUUUACUUGUCUUGUACAAGAAGAUAUCUUUAAAUCCUUGGUCAGUGCAAUUCAGCAUCAGAGCUGCCUGGCUAUGUGUGGUUGAUUCCUGCCGCCCCUGGGCUUGCAGCAGCCCCAGAUCAUGUGAAUGGUUAAGCUUUCAUUUGGUGUGGUUUGAGAAAUCUCCAGUUGAAGGCAGCCGUGCCCACCUCAACAGGGGACUGAGAGAGGCCAGGCUAAUGAUCAGGUGUGUGGAACAGCCCCAGCACCACCAGCAGGAGCUGGCAGAGAAGCCCAUCUGCUGCGUGGGCUGGUGAGAGCAAGGAUGUUGUGAGAGCUGCCAUUAUCCCCCAGGGAGCUCUCUGGCCUCUGGGGCCACCUCACACGCCUCGUGCUGCCUUUAGGGCUGGGAUGGUGGCAGAGGAAAAUUGCUCCUGUCUUCUGAUUUUUCAAACCAUGUAAUUUUCCACUCCGAAUUGAUCUGAUUUAUGCAUUUUUUUCUCUUCAUGUCCAUUUCACUUGAAUUCAUGAUGAUCUAGCAGUUACACGAAAUGCUAAAAUGCUUCUUUUCUCUCACUGACUGACUUUAUUAUAUUCAUAGGAUGGUUCUGGCUUGAAAAAAUAAAACUUUUAACUUAAAAUUAGUAAUGUUUCAAUGAAACGAAAAAAGCUCAGUAGGAUCAAAGUCUUUAACCUCACUUGAAAAAAAAACCAAACACUGGCCCUGUCAGAUUCAUCUUUGAAAAGGUUCUUUGCCUGCUGGAAGAGGCAGAUACUUUCUUGCCUAUUGAAAGCUUCUUUGACGAGGUGUUGAAAUAACUGAACACAUACAAUAGACAAAAAAUCUGCAUCAGAUCACAAAACUCCUAGGACAAAGGAUGAUAUUUUACUCUUGUUUCUCUCAUGUGUUGUUUUCUUGAACAAAAAAUAUUGUUCAAUUUUUUAACUUUUACUUGCUCUCGGAGCUGUUCAAAUGGAUUAUUUCUUUCUAGAGAACAAAUUGGUUUUGUUUGGUUGACUUAUUGAUAUUAAAUUGAAUCAAAGAUCCCCAAUUCUAAAUGUUUUUAGUCUACUUUAGUUUUUACUGCCUUCCACUUUGCCCAGUGAUUGGUCCUGUUGAAAAGUAGAUUUGAAAGAUUCUACUUUAGUGCUUAAAAAACAUAGUUUAUGGGGUGAUAAAGAAGUACAGAGGUGCAAUAACAUUGCAAGUGACUCCCAAAAUAUUUAAUUGUAAAGCUUUUGAACUGUAUACUGAUUUUAACAUUUAGUUACCAAGUUACUGGGUACCAGCACUUUAAUACAGCUACAUACAGUGAUUUUUCUUUAUGGGGUAUGUAGCUACAAUUCAGCUCUUCUGGCUUCUGAUGUGUGAAUCUAUCUGUAGGUGGUCAACUUUCAGUGAGAUAUAUAUAUAUAUAUAUGUUCUAUUAUGACUGCAUUAGGAACUCCUACAUAUGGGCUAUGUUUGCACUGGAUGUAAAGAAAGUCCUUCCUUCCCUUUGACUCAGUUGCCUUGGAGAUAGAAUAUUCAUCGGAGAGAAUAUAAAUGAGCUGGGUGACAAGGACAGACUUGGUGAUGAGAGCUGAUCAUUUAGAAAAUGACUGGCUUAGGACGAUUCAUUUUCACCUUGGAAUAGCAGCACCCUGGGCUGUAAUUAGUGUUUCUGUGAGUUAAGUUUUCUUUGUGUUGCUUUUCCCUACCUGACUGGACAUGUUGAUUGAUAGUGGGGUGGCUCCAUGGCAGGCACAGUGUGGGUGUCAUGUCUCUGCCUGUACAACCCAGUGAUGAACCCCAAUAUAUUGCUUGAGCAACCUGGUCUGGCGGAAGGUGUCCCUGCCUACGGGAGGGGUGUUGGAACUGGAUGGUCUUUAAGGUCUCUUCCAACCCAAACCAUUCCAUGAUUCUAUGAUUCCAUGAUAUUAGGGCCCUGAUCCUGUAAAUGCUUCAGUUAUCCUCCAGUGUCCUUGCACAGACCCUCUUGCCUAAGCCCAAGAGGCCCCUCGUGUGCUUGAUGCUCAGCAUGUCUAUGAGCCUGUGCGGGGCUGGGGCUGCUGGUUCUCCUCAAUUGCCUCAUUAUCAGUGAAAGUGAUUAUUGAGCUGCCGCUUGAAUUCUUGACUACAUUUAUAUUGCACUGUAAAAUGAACUUUUGUUUUCAAUGAAUGUGUUGAGUAUAUGGACUAUUGUGCCUUAAAGUCCCAUCCUCAUGCGAGCCUUUGUAAAUGUUCUGUAAAUCUGCAAACCGCCUAUCGCUGAUGACUCUGUGCACUCUAUACAGAUCUGAUUUGGUACUUGGCAGGACCUUGGGAAACCCAACCCUGACCUCAGUUUGCCGUGAACACAGAGGGGAUAUGCCAAUUCCCUCUCCUCUUCUUUAGUUUGGUGUUUUUGGUUUGUUUUUUUUUUUUUUUCCAGAUUGCUUUCCUCUUCGCUGUUCAUGAAAUUCUGUUUUUCUGGUUUCUGUCAUAGCUGGGUUCUGGGUCACCUACAGCACCAGGAGCCGCUUGCAGGAACUCAGAAAGUUGUAAAAAAAGUUGUCUCCAGUUUUUAAAUGCCACCUGUGGGCGUGCUCUCAGGAGGGAAUCACAGCUGCAUAUAACAACUGUGGCAGGUGUUGUCAAGUAUAUCAUCAUAUAUUUGACAUGAUUAACAGAGCAGAAAAGGGAACACCUAUUUCUAUUGAAACGCAUGAGCCUGCAUAAUGUUAAAUACAUGGUGAUUAUGCACCAAGUAAUUGGAAUAACACCUACUGGUUCUGUAACAAAAAACAGCUUUUUAAUGUUUAAAAUUACCUGGGACCUGAUUGAAGGUUUUUAUGAAAUUGUUUUCUAAAGUGAAUAGUAGAAAAAUGUAUAUGUAUUUUAAAUAUACGUAUGAUGUGCAUGUUAUUAAUAAAGAUCUAUUUCUAUUGAACAA